UCCGUAGUUUAAUACGGGCUUUAGGAGAAAAAAGAAAAGCAACCGUUUUGGAUCCACUUUAUGUUGCAAAUGUUUCGAAGCGACGCGUAGACCAAUCAUAUUCUUUUUUUAAGCACUUCAAAACGCUUCAAGUGGAUCGUAUCUUUAGUGUUGACCUAACUUCUCUUGAUAAUACUCAAACUAACCCUAACCUGGAAAUUUUGACAGUUCUUAACUUAUUACGUCGUGUUGACAGAAUCCGAAAAAUAAAGAUGGAAACAACGUUGAAUAAAGACGAGCAGAAUAAUCAAGAUGACUCGGAUUCUUCAGAAAUAGAUGAAGUAGAACCAAGACUUAAGUAUGUGAGGAUUCGCAAUGAUCUGGAACAUAUACUACAGAAUGACGCAGCCAGCUGUAUAGCUGUACAUCCAAAGUUCCUCUGUCUAGGAUCACAUUGGGGAAUGAUCCAUCUUCUGGACCACCAGGGGAACAAUGUAAAGUCUAAAACAUUACAGGCACACACAGUGGCAGUCAAUCAGAUUUCUAUAGACCAUAAUGGUGACUUCAUUGCUUCUUGUAGUGAUGAUGGAAAAGUUUUCAUCUAUGGACUAUAUAGUACAGAGAACAAUCAUAAUAUGAGUAUGGGCAGGCUGGUGAAAAGUAUAGCAAUUGAUCCAAAUUAUUACAAAAGUGGCAGUGGCAGAAGAUUUAUUACAGGUGAUGACAAACUGGUGCUCUACGAGAAGACUUUCCUAGCCAGGAUGAAGUCAAUAGUGCUUUGUGAGGCAGAGGGUGGAGUCAGGUCUGUUGCUUGGUCCAGUCGCUUCGUGGCCUGGGCAUCUGAUACUGGUGUGAGAGUUUACGACCUCGAUGCCAGGUGUUCACUGGGACUGAUCAAGUGGUCUCGUACAGCAGACGCAUCGCCAGAACAUUAUAGAUGUAAUCUGCAGUGGUCGGAUGAUAAAACACUGUUAAUUGGGUGGGUGGACGUCGUCCGGGUCUGUCAGAUCAGAAAGCGUACUAUGCAAGAAAUGGUAAAUCGAGACUUGCCCGAAUUUGUAGUGGAUCCAGUAUCGACAUUCCAAGUAGAUUUUUACAUAUCCGGUAUAGCGCCAUUGGGAAAUCAGCUAGUAUUGCUGGGAUGCCUAAAAACGCUGGACGAAAAUGGAAAAAGUCAACGUCCGACCCUGCAUGUGGUUGAACCCAAUGGUCAGGAUUUCUCGGUAAUAUGCGCAAACUCGCUCACACUACGAGGCUACAAGGAGUACAGUUGCAACGAUUACCACCUGGACUGUUUAAAAGAAGAAAACAGAUUUUUCAUCGUCAGUCCAAAAGACAUUGUAGUAGCCAGUUUAUACGAUGCAGACGAUAGGAUCGAUUGGCUGUUGAACCACGGGAAAUUCGAGCAAGCUCUGGAAGCGGUAACAGCAAACGGCAAAGAUUGCAAAAAGCACACAUUGUUGUACGUAGGCCGUACUUAUUUGGAUCAUUUGUUAAAGUAUCAAAGGUAUGACGAGGCUGGGAAACUUUGCCUCAAGAUUUUAGGACGAAAUAAAAAAUUGUGGGAGGAAGAGGUUUACAAGUUCGCCAGAGUGCAUCAAUUACGUUCUAUCUCGUCUUAUUUGCCUCGAGGUGAUGUCACCCUCGAUCCGUUGAUCUACGAGAUGGUACUGUACGAGUACCUGAAGAUGGAUCCCGACGGUUUCCUGCAGCUAGUCAAAGAAUGGUCUCCAAGCUUAUAUACAGUGGCAGCGGUAGUUAACGGCGUGUUGGAGCAUUUACUAGUCCACAAUCAGCGACAGAACGUACUGUUGGAAGCAUUAGCGAUUCUGUAUAUCUACGACGGCAAAUACGACAAAGCGCUCGCCAUGUACUUGAAGUUGCGACAUAAAGACGUCUUCCAAUUGAUCCAGAAGUAUCAGUUGUACAGUUCGGUAUACGAAAUGAUCGAAGGUCUGAUGGAUCUGGACACGGAUCGUGCCAUACAGUUCUUUUUGGAGAAGGACAGGGUGCCGUCUGAAGUUGUUGUGCAGAAGCUGCAGCAUAAUCAACGUUACUUAUACCUGUAUUUGGAUGCCUUAGACAAAAAAGAUACGAAAGACUCGAAAGGCAAGUAUCAUGACUUGCUGAUACGACUGUACGCUGAUUAUUCGAGGGACAAGCUGUUGCCGCUUCUACGUCGUUCCGAUAGUUAUCCGAUACAGCAAGCCUUGGAUAUAUGUAGUCAGCGUCAAUUUUAUCCCGAAAUGGUGUACCUGUUGGGCAGAAUGGGAAACACUUCGGAAGCCUUGGCGCUCAUGACGAGGGAACUCAACGAUAUGGAGAGUGCUAUUGCGUUUUGCCAAGAACACGACGAUAAGGAACUGUGGAACGACUUAGUUAAUUAUUCGCUCGACAAACCUGCGGCUAUUACGUUCCUUCUCCAAAGGAUCGGUACCUACGUCGAUCCUCGGCUCAUGGUACAGAGGAUAGAGCCCACUUUGGAGAUCCCCGGACUGAAGAAGGCGCUAGUCAAGAUGAUGUGUGACUAUAAUCUGCAGGUGUCCGUGCAGGAAGGUUGUAAGAAGAUCUUGUCCAAUGAUUAUUUCAACCUUCAUGAGAGGCUCGUUCGUUGUCACCAGAAAGGCAUAUUUAUCGACGACGACCAAAUGUGCGGAGCUUGCCAUAGGAAGAUAAUUGUAAGAGAUCCGCGGAACAUGGUUGUAUUUUAUUGUAAGCACUCUUUCCACGAGGAUUGUCUACCCAACUUUGAAUUGGUUGAAAAUUGUGUAAUCUGCAAUUCGCAAAAGGAAAUGGUGCCUAGCAGAAAAUGAUAAAAGUAAAAUCUCAUCUUAUGUGACAUAUGCAAUAUCCAAAGCUUGAAGUGGAUACACGACGGUAUGAUAUUUCAGCGUGUGUGUGAGAGACCGAAAUUGCGGUGACGUAAACAACCUUUUGCAUAACGAAUUAGAAUUACUAAUUAAAACGAAUGAGUUUUAAUCUGAAACUUUUUCAUUUAGAAAUAUUUCAGUUUCUGAAAUCAAAUUGGGUAAAACUUCUAUAUAUUUUCCUUUAUUAGCUUAUUUACUCUGUUUUAGUUUAUAUUAAUGCACUAAAGCAGUACAUGUUAAUAAAUGUAUAUAUUUUUACGAAAGAUGGCGAGAGAAAAAUUUUUGUAAUGAUGUUUUUAUCACGUAUUUGUAAGUAGCUAAUGUUUCCAUUUUAAAUUUACAAUUUAGUUCUUUAUUCGAUAUGUGAAGCUAUAUUAUAACUGUGUAAACUCUCUACAAUUUAAUAAAAAAAAUUUCCACAUGA